AUGUCAUUCCCAACAACGCCUAUCGCCAAAUUGACUGGCCACGGCGGCAUCGUUCACGCAGUCGCCUACUCCUCAGGUCCCCAAACCUACAUCCUAACCGGCUCGUCCGACCGCACAAUCCGUCUUUACAACCCUUCGAAAGCGCCGCCUACCUCUACCGCCCCAACAUCGUCCUCGCAACGACCCCCUGGCCUCGUGAACAAAUACACAGCGCACGGCUAUGAAGUCCUCAGCAUCCAUGUGAACUCGGCCAAUGACAAGUUUGUCAGCACAGGCAGAGAUAAGACAGUUUUCCUGUGGGACGUGCAAACGGCGCAGACGAUACGCCGGUGGACUGGUCAUGCUGGACGUGUAAAUCGCGGCGUGUUUGGAGGCGAGAGCGACAGUAUCAUAGCGACGGGCUCGUUCGAUGGCACCGUCAGGAUUUGGGAUACUAAAUCCAACGCAUACAAGCCCAUCAUGACCCUGUCAGACGCCAAAGACAGCAUCUCUGAUGUCGCCGUACACGACGCGGAUAUUAUAGCAGCGAGCGUCGACGGUCGUGUUAGGAGUUAUGACAUCAGGAUGGGUACGUGUCAGGUUGAUGUCGUGGGACCGAGCUGUACGAGUUUGGCCGUUAGCAACAAGGGCACAGAGCUUCUGGUUGGCUCCUUGGAUUCGACCGUCAGGCUCAUGGAUCGCACCAACGGCGAAUUGCUCAAAACCUACAAGGACGAUUCUUUUGUGAACAAGGACCUGAGGGUUAGAAGCACUCUUGGUUUGAACGACAGCGUCGUUAUCAGUGGCAGUGAUGACGGUAUGGUCUUUGCCUGGGACAUACUGGAAGGGACAUGUCUGCACAAAUUCAAGCAUUCCGACAUGAGGGAGGUCAGAGGUAUAGCGGCUGCACCAGCCACCAAGGCGAAGAAGGAUGUCGUGUCCGCCGUGGCCUUCUGCAAGACGAGGCGUGAGUGGUGUAGUGGUGGUGGCGAUGGCAACGUUGUUGUCUGGGGCAUGGGAAACUGA